AUGAUUCUUAUCUAUCUAUCUAUCUAUCUAUCUAUCUAUCUAUCUAUCUAUCUAUAUCAGAAAAUAGGGGAAAAAUUCCUUCCCGUAGCGGUCUUUCAUAUGUAUUUGUGUUUAUUUCUUUAUACUCUUUGUGAACGAUCAGUUCAAUUGGGUGCUUCAGAACGAUCAGCUCAACUGGGUGCUUCAGAACGAUCAGUUCAAUUGGGUGCUUCAGAACGAUCAGUUCAAUUGGGUGCUUCAGAACGAUCAGCUCAACUGGGUGCUUCAGAACGAUCAGUUCAAUUGGGUGCUUCAGAACGAUCAGUUCAACUGGGUGCUUCAGAACGAUCAGCUCAACUGGGUGCUUCAGAACGAUCAGCUCAACUGGGUGCUUCAGAACGAUCAGUUCAAUUGGGUGCUUCAGAACGAUCAGCUCAACUGGGUGCUUCAGAACGAUCAGUUCAAUUGGGUGCUUCAGAACGAUCAGCUCAACUGGGUGCUUCAGAACGAUCAGUUCAAUUGGGUGCUUCAGAACGAUCAGUUCAACUGGGUGCUUCAGAACGAUCAGCUCAACUGGGUGCUUCAGAACGAUCAGCUCAACUGGGUGCUUCAGAACGAUCAGUUCAAUUGGGUGCUUCAGAACGAUCAGCUCAACUGGGUGCUUCAGAACGAUCAGCUCAACUGGGUGCUUCAGAACGAUCAGCUCAACUGGGUGCUUCAGAACGAUCAGCUCAAAUGGGUGCUUCAGAACGAUCAGUUCAAUUGGGUGCUUCAGAACGAUCAUCAAGUUCAGAACGAUCAGCUCAAAUGGGUGCUUCAGAACGAUCAGCUCAAUUGGGUACUUCAGGACGAUCAGCUCAAACGAUCAGUUCAGUUCAACGAUCAGUUCAAUUGGGUGCUUCAGAACGAUCAGCUCAACUGGGUGCUUCAGAACGAUCAGUUCAAUUGGGUGCUUCAGAACGAUCAGCUCAACUGGGUGCUUCAGAACGAUCAGUUCAAUUGGGUGCUUCAGAACGAUCAGUUCAAUUGGGUGCUUCAGAACGAUCAGCUCAACUGGGUGCUUCAGAACGAUCAGUUCAAUUGGGUGCUUCAGAACGAUCAGUUCAGAACGAUCAGCUCAACUGGGUGCUUCAGAACGAUCAGCUCAAAUGGGUGCUUCAGAACGAUCAGUUCAAUUGGGUGCUUCAGAACGAUCAGCUCAACUGGGUGCUUCAGAACGAUCAGCUCAACUGGGUGCUUCAGAACGAUCAGCUCAAAUGGGUGCUUCAGAACGAUCAGUUCAAUUGGGUGCUUCAGAACGAUCAGCUCAACUGGGUGCUUCAGAACGAUCAGCUCAACUGGGUGGAACGAUCAGCUCAACUGGGUGCUUCAGAACGAGUUCAAUUGGGUGCUUCAGAACGAUCAGCUCAACUGGGUGCUUCAGAACGAUCAGUUCAAUUGGGUGCUUCAGAACGAUCAGUUCAACUGGGUGCUUCAGAACGAUCAGCUCAACUGGGUGCUUCAGAACGAUCAGCUCAACUGGGUGCUUCAGAACGAUCAGUUCAAUUGGGUGCUUCAGAACGAUCAGCUCAACUGGGUGCUUCAGAACGAUCAGCUCAACUGGGUGCUUCAGAACGAUCAGCUCAACUGGGUGCUUCAGAACGAUCGCUCAAAUCGGAACGAUCAGUUCAAUUGGGUGCUUCCAAAACGAUCAGCUCAACUGGGUGCUUCAGAACGAUCAGCUCAAAUGGGUGCUUCAGAACGAUCAGCUCAAUUGGGUGCUUCAGGACGAUCAGGACGGUUCAUUAG